CUACUAUAAUAAUCGUAAGACGAUCCUUCUCUUGUAUGUACAUGCCCUAAAAAUAUUUCAUCUAUUUUCGUUAUUACGUCAAAGUGUAGUGCUUAUAUUUGUGACUUCAAAUAUUUUUCUGUAAUUUAAGUGCAACGAUAAGGACAGGAAAUGAAUAAAGUUAUGUUAUAAUAAUGACAAUAUCAAACAACACAAACACGAAGGAACAAGAUCAAAUGCCCGGGGAGAUGGAGUUCCCCGAGGCAAAGUUAAAAGCAUUAGAAGAAAAAAUAUCUCAUCCCCGUUGGGUAGUACCAGUUUUGCCUGAACAAGAGUUAGAGGCCCUUUUAAUUGCAUCUAUAGAUUUAGCAACAAAAGGUGAAGAUGUGAACAACCCCCACUGUCAAAGGUUUUAUAAUGAUGCACUCACAAUAUCAUUUACAAAGGUUUUAACAGACGAAGCAGUUUUAUCAUGGAAAAAUAAUAUUCAGCAAUGUGUACGAUCUAAUUGUGAGAAGCUUGUAAAGUUAUGUGCCAUGAAAUUAGAUGAUCCAAGAUUUUUACAUCUUUUAUAUAUGGUCUUCAAUCCAGGCAACAAAUUUCAUACAUUUAAUGCACCAAGAACUUGUGAAGGCUUGUCUGUUACAAAUAUUUCUACAUCUGGGGGUCAAGGCUCCACACAGGAAAAUGAAGUGUUUGCAAGGUCACAAGAUCAUCGUACUCCAAAAGGAUGGCUGGUCCAUCUUAUUAAUGUGUUUGGUCAAGCUGGUGGAUUUGUUAAGCUUAGAGAACGAUUUGAAUGUAUUAUGGGUUUCAAAAAAUCUGAAUUAACUACUUCUGUAAUAAGUGAAGAAAAGAUUUCCAAUGAAAUAACUGAGAAAGAAAAUGAUGAAAAUAUAAUAAAUGCUACAGAAAACAUGACAUCUAUGACUGAUAGUGUUGAGAGCUCUUCUACUCGCAACGAGCAACCAUCAUCGUUAGAACAAUCAGUCAAUGGGGAGACGCGUGUUGCUGCAGUGUGGCAACUUUUACGGCCUUUGGGACUUUGUCAUGACCUUCUAACUCCUCACACAGUGACUGUUUACCUCCUACCUGUAUUGGAAUGUAUUCCAACUUUACUGGAAAGCCUGACAGAUGAUGAGCUGAAACGGGAAUCCCGUGGCAGCGAGACCAAGACAGAUACAGUGUCCUGUUUGAUUAGAGCUUGCAAAUGUGUUUCUGCUAAGACACCACAACAUCACAGCCUACUUAAAUCAUUGGAAAUGUUCCGAUUAAAGAUGGUCCUACGGUUGUUAAAAAUGUCGUCGUUCAAUGGAAAAAUGUCAGCUUUGAAUGAAAUCAAUCAGCUUAUCAGUUCAGUCUCACAACAGCCGAAGCCGGAAUGGCUUACGCCCGCUGUGAUUACGAAUUGGAUACGCGAAAAUAAAGUUGUAGAUAUAGUAUUGCGAGAUUCGCUUCACCAGCCCCAGUAUGUGGAUAGACUAGAGAAAAUGCUUAGGUUUAUGAUAAAAGAGAACUCUCUCACGAGGGAAGAUUUGGACGCGAUAUGGCGAGCUCAGCAAGGGAAACACGAGGCAAUAGUGAAAAAUCUUCACGACUUACUGGCUAAACUGGCAUGGGACUUCACUUCGGACCAGUUAGAUCAUUUGUUUGACUGUUUCAAGGCGAGUUGGGCGACAUCCAGUAAGAAACAUAGUGAGAAGUUAUUGGAAGUUAUACGACGGCUGGCAGAAGAUGACAAGAAUGGUGUGAUGGCUAACAAAGUAUUGGUACUGUUUUGGAAUUUGGCACACUCUGACGAAGUAUGUACGGAAAUCAUGGAUGUGGCGUUGGCAAAUCUUAUUAAAAUACUGGAUUACAGCUACAGUCAAGAACGUGAUUCACAAAAAACUUUAUGGCUGGAUAAAUGUGUGGAAGAGUUGAAGAGCAAUGACAAGUGGGUGCUCCCGGCCCUGAAGAUGAUGCGCGAGCUGUGCUGCCUGUACGAGGCGGCGGGCAACUCGGGCGUGCGGCCCCACGUCACGCGCCAGGAGCUCAUCGACCGCCUGCAGACGCAACACUCGCUCGUCAUACUCGUCACCAACUCGCUCACCUUCUAUAUGGACGCUGUACGGGCGAAGCUGGCUGAAGAAGGAGAAAUAGACUGGGAGAAUUGGCUACCAGAUGGGAAGUACCCGCACGCAGCGCAAGUUCACGAGCGUCUUAGUUUCCUUAGAUUUUUGCUGAAGGAUGGCCAGUUGUGGCUGUGUGCUGAACAGGCGAAACAAAUUUGGAUAUGCUUAGCUGAAAGGCCGGCACACCUUGGAGACCGUGAAGCGUGCUUCCGCUGGUUUAGCAAACUAAUGGGAGAGGAGCCAGACUUAGACCCCAAUAUAAAUCUGCAUUUUUUUCGGCGUAACAUUAUGACACUGUCUCCAAACCUUCUAACUCACUCUGGUAUUAAAUGUUUUGAGAGAUUUUUUAAAGCUGUCAAUUCCAAAGAAGGCAAACUUAAGAUAAAACGUCGUGGUUUUUUACUUAAUGAUGCUGAUCUCAUAGGAUUAGAUUAUUUAUGGAGAGUAAUAACCGAGUGCGAUGACGACAUAUCCGCGCGCGGCAUCGAGCUGCUCCGCGAGGUGUGCACGUGCACCGGGCCGGCGCUGUCGCCCGCGCAGCACCACGAGGCCUUCCUCACGCACUGCUGCGCGCGCACGCAGCGCCUGCAGAAGGACAUGGAGCUGCAGACCGAUGCGACGGAGUGUUGCACUCGCAUGUGUAGAGUAAUUCGUGCCAUACAAGAAUAUAUAAACGAAUGUGACAGGAGGUUCACGUCGGAACGACAGAUACUUCCAAUUUAUAGGUCGGGCAGGGGGAGGCAGUGUACUAUCAUAGUGCGAUUUAAUUUCCAAACGGGCCAAAGACAAAUUGACGAUAUAGAAAUAUUUUCGCACUCAAAUGAGACACUGCAUUCACUACGCACGGCGGUACAGAGAAGACUGAAAUUAACGUCUGACAGCAACAUCAAGUUAGAGAUGUAUUUAAAUAAGCUAGAGUUGUAUGUGAAUGGGGAACUAUUGGACACCAGUCAUGAUCGUAAAAUACUGUCACAAAUACCUCUUAGGGAUAAAACUGUGAUUGUUGCUAAGGUCUACGACGGACAAAUAUGUGGCAGCGGAGGUUGUGGAUCGUCAAACGAGUCAAGCAGCGACUCUAGUACUUCUUCACCCCCUUCGUCGCCUACCCCUGAACACGCGUUGCCAGGCGUUCUUUUCUCACUGGGCUCGUGGUACCUUCCUUUUAUUUUAGAGUUAGAGCACAUAGGUAUUACUAAAUCACACGCUCCGUUGACUGAAGCCGCGCAUCUUUUGUCGCAAAUCUGCCCUAGUCAUAAACAAACGGUGGAUAGAUUAACAGAAGCGCUACUCAGUCGUGAAGACACAAAGUUAAGGGACAUGCUUUAUGGGCCAGCUCCACCCACCGUUGCAUAUAAUGUAGAGGUCCUAUACAGCAUGGUCAUGCCGUCCUCUGAUACAAGACUAGAACGCAACCGCAGUUUCCAACUGGCAUGUGUGAAGAAAGCUCCUCUCUUAGUACAAUGUUUAUCCGAUAGUGAGUUCUUGAAGGAUGCUGCUCCCCACACCAGAAGGGUGGGUUAUUUAGCUUUGGUGAGAUUAGUGAAAUUGGCUUUGUAUACUUUGGGUCAUCUUUUUGAAAUCAUGGCACCAGAUGGCUCGGAUACAAAUGUGGAUAAAGAAUUUAGGAUGGAUGUGACGAUAUUACGGGAAGCACUACAAACAGUUCCUAAUCAUAACUGUGAGCUUAUUGUAAAAGCUAUAGCGGAAAAAUUAGCUAAUGCAUUGGGAGAACAGAUGGUGACUAGUAGUGAAGAUAGCGACUCAGUUUCAACGCUGGUGUGGUGGCGCAUGCCUACCAUGGCCACAGUGCGCGCUCUGUACGCGCUCGCUUACUCUGUGGCUCAGCCUUCCGAACACAAUGGCUUGGUGCAUUCUGAUGAUGUCAUAUUGGUUCGAGAAUGCAUGGAGGUGGUUACAAUUUGCAUGGCUUUGGGAGGUGGCCAUUUAGAAAACCUUCUUCAUGAAUCGUGGUGGCAAGAUACAGCAUUAUACUUGAUGAUUGACUGUCCAAAUCCUCCUGUGCGGGUGUCGUGCGCGGAGCAGCUGCUGGCAAUGUGCGCGUGGGGAGGGGGCGGCGGGGCGCGCGGCGCGCUGGCGGCGCUGGGCGGUGCGGGCGGCGCGGCGGCCGGCGCGCGCCUCACGCGGCACGCGCGCCACGCGCAGCAGUUUCUGCAGCUGCUAUGCCGCCUCGUGGCGCUGGCCGGGCCCACCGAGCGCACCUUGGACGACCUGGCUAUUGAGGUUCAAUGGCUUCGAUCAGUAAAAAGUAAUCCAGCUACUUUGGACGACACACUACUUGAGGGCCAUUUGAAUCUUACUAAAGAACUAUUUACACAUGUACCAGCUCAAGUUAAAUUCCAAUAUGGCGCUCAUCCUGACCAUAAGGAUUCUGGACUGAUAAAGGAAGUGACGACGGAGUUCCUGUGGCCGUACUCGUGGGCGUGGUGUCACAUGGGCGAGGGCCCGGAGGGCGGCGACGCGGAGGAGGAGGGCGUGGCGCCGCUGUGCCGCACGACCGGUGCUGCGGCCGCGGCGACCGACCUCCUGCUGUCGCUGGUGCACGGCUGCGUGCCCAACAUGGCCGCGCUCGUCGGCCUCCUGGAGCAGAUGUUUUACAGCGACAAAAGCAUGGGUCUAUCCGAGUGGGAGUACAUGCCGUGCGUGGGCCCGCGGCCGCCGGCCGGGCUCGUGGGGCUGAAGAACGCGGGCGCCACGUGCUACAUGAACUCCGUCUUGCAGCAACUGUACUGCGUUCGCGCCGUACGGGACGUCCUGCUCACUGUACAAGGAGCUGCGACAGAUCCCAAUGAAGAUUUUUCAGGGGAUUCUCACCAACAUAUUUUAGAAAACAACAUAGAGAUGAAUUCAGAUUACAACAUCACUAUACUUAAGCAAGUUCAGGCUAUAUUCUCUCAUCUACAUUAUAGCAAACUCCAGUAUUAUGUUCCCAGAGGACUAUGGGCACACUUUAGAUUACAAGGUGAACCAGUAAACUUGCGAGAGCAGCAGGAUGCAGUAGAAUUUUUUAUGUCACUAGUAGAGUCUCUGGACGAAGCGAUGAAGACUUUAGGCCAAGAACAACUGAUGGCUAAAACUAUGGGCGGCACAUAUUCCGAUCAAAAGAUUUGCAAGGGAUGUCCACACAGGUAUUGCAAAGAAGAACCUUUUAGUGUGGUAUCUCUAGAUAUUAGAAAUAUGCUUCGGUUGCAAGAAUCGUUGGAGGCAUAUGUCCGUGGAGAACUAUUGGAAGGUGCUGAUGCCUAUUACUGUGAUAAAUGUAGCACAAAGGUAGUGACAGUCAAGCGUCUGUGUUUGAACAAAUUGCCCCCAGUAUUAGUUAUACAAUUGAAGAGAUUCGAGUACGACUUCGAAAAAGUGUGCGCCAUAAAGUUUAAUGAUUACUUUGAAUUUCCUCGGGAACUGGAUGUCGAGCCAUACACAGCCUGGGGCCUGGCUCGAGCGGAGGGCGAUACGACGCUGUGGGAGGGCAGCGCCGAGCGCACGGCCGAGACGCACUACCAGCUGAGCGGCAUCGUCGUGCACUCCGGCCAGGCGUCGGGAGGACACUACUACUCUUAUGUGCUGCUGAGGGAUAAUGGAAGCGAAACAGGGCGGUGGGUGAAGCUGGACGACGGCGACGUGUCGGAGUGUUUGAUGCACGACGACGAGGAAAUGAAGGCGCAGUGCUUCGGCGGGGAAUACAUGGGCGAGGUGUUCGACUCUACUAUAAAGAGAGUGUCGUAUAAGCGACAAAAAAGAUGGUGGAAUGCGUACAUGCUCUUCUACACACGAAAAGAUACUAUCGAAACAUCUGGACUCGAUCAAGAUAUGCAAAAUAUGACUAUCAAGGAAAACCUCAUACCAAAGCCUAUCUGGAAUUCGGUCCGCCGCAGCAACACUGCGUUCUCACACAAUCAGGACCAAUUCAGUCCUGAACAUUUUAAUUUUAUGAAGAAACUUUGUUGUAUGCGUUUGCAAGUAUUACCUGGAUCUCAAAGUGCAGUUUGGGGACCUGAACACGAAGAGAUGUCCAUGCUAGCUGUGCAGAUGGCUUCGAAAUUUUUAUUCCAAGUCGGAUUUCAUACGAAGAAAACUUUACGUGGUCCAGCUUCGGAUUGGCAUGACAUUCUGUGUCAGCAUUUACGGUGCUCCCAGGCUGUAAGAGCCUGGUUUGCCUCUGAUAUAUUCAAACAUUCUCAUAGGUUAUGUGACUAUCUACUCUCCUGCCCUGCUGCGGAGGUUAGAAUGGUGUUUAUGAAAAUUAUAGUCUUCUUGGCGCAUUUCUCGGUACAAGAUCCUCCAGUGAGUAGCGGCUACGGGUCCUGGUGCGCGCGCGACGAGGCGCUGUCGCUGUCGGACCAGGUGCUGUGCAGUGCGCGCGCGCUGGCCGUGCCGCACCACCACCACCACCACGCCGACCACCGCCACCUGCCGCUGCUCUUCAACCUGUUCCACGCCUACGCGCAGCUCGGCCUCGCGGAGAAGCAUCAGCUGCUGCGGCUGAAAAUCCUGGAUAUUGUGUUAUCUGUGUGCUUAGACGACUCCUCAUCUUCCAUAGGAAAGUACCAAUAUCCGGAUUCUGCAAAAAUACAUCAGGUGAUUUGCGCGUUGGUGCGUUGCUGCGACGUAAGUGCUCGCUGCCAGUCGGCUAACGCGAGUGACGGCGCGUUGCCGCUGCCCAACCCGUACGGCGACCCGCCGCAGUCGCUCUCGCCGCACUCCCACCUACACACCCCGAGACCCGUCAUCUCGCCGACCGCCGCUGACGUACUCUACAACAGGACAGGGUCCUACAUGAAGAAACUAACAGAAGAAUGCUGUGGGUGCGAAGAAGGCAUCAGACUGCUACAGUUCCUGUGCUGGGAGCACGCGGGCUGGUCGCGCACGGCGCUCACGGAGCUGCUGUGGCAAAUGGGCUACGCGUUCUGUCACGAGCUGCGCCGCCACGCCGAUGCUCUCACCGCUUUGCUGCUGAUGGAAGACAGUUGGCAACACCACAGGAUACAUAAUGCUAUUAAGGGGGUGUCGGAAGAGCGGCCGGGUCUCCUGGAGACGGCGCUGCGCGCGCGCGGCCACUACCAGAAACGCGCGUACGCGUGCGUGAAGCUGGUGGUGGGCGCGAUGUGCCGCACGCCGCUCGCCGUGCGCGCCGUGCACGCGCAGCCCGACGCGCGCCGCCGCUGGCGCCAGCUGCUCGCCUGGCUGCAGGACGAACUCGACCGCAAGUAUGGCCCCGGCGGCUACAACUCCUACGACACGUGGUCACCGCCCAGCAUCUCUAACGAGACUUCUAACGGAUAUUUCCUUGAACGGAGUAACUCUGCGAGAAAGACGCUCGAGAAGGCGUACCAGUUGUGCCCGGAAGAGGAGGAGGAGGAGGAGGAGUCGCGCGACGCCGGCUCGGGCUCGGGCUCGGGCGACGCGUGCGACGACAGCGGCGACGACGACGCGCCCGACGACGACGAGCCCGCGCCGCGCCGCCUCACGCUGGCGCCGCCCGCGCCACCCGAUCCGCCCGCGCCGCCCGCGCCCCCCGCGCCGCCCGCGCCCCAGUGAGCGCCCCCCGCGCCUCCAGUCGUUUGUGUUUCGCCCCAACGUUAGUGCGAGGCGCCGCCGCAGCCGCCGCAGUCGCCGCAUAGCCGUAGUUUUGUUCUGUGAUGUUAACGAUACGUGUACACUCGCUCGGUCGCGCGCCUCCGUCGUCGCGACGCUUAAGUUUAUGUAACUAUGUUCCGCUUUAAAAGUACCAUAGUAUUUAUUUUUUUUUCUUAUUAAGACUUAUUAUUCUAUUCGUUAGGAGAAUUUAUUUUCUAUCUACGCAUAGUAUAUUUAAUAUUUUACUGUUGUAAGGGAUAUUUUUAACGUGUACGAUCGACUCCGCUUCUCGUGAAUUCGUGAUUCCCGGCGGUGGCAUUCGUAGAGUGAAAAUAGAAAUGAAUUUUUAUAUUAAUUUACUUAACUAAGAUAAUUACAUACGAGUCACAAAAGUGGCGCAGCAAGGCGCCUCGAAUCAGCUGAUUGUCUGUAUAUUAAUGUGAUCAGCUGAUGAUGAUAACACAGUUAUGUGCGUCUCCUUAACUUAUUGUACAAUUUGUAUUUCAUCGACAAUCUACUUCGAUAUGAUACAUGAUAUUUGUAAAUUCUUGAACGAAUUUCAAUAAUUAUUUUUAAGUAAACACAUACAUACAAGCACAUAGUCCGGGAUCCCUAGAACAUUUUGUACACCUGAUUACUAACAAGCAAAUUUUUCGUGAGUAGCUUCAUCUCAAUGAGACGAUCAACUUUUUUAUUUACGAAAAUUCUUGAUCCUGGUAGCUAACUGAGUUACCAGGAAAUUUCAGAGCGUCUGAACGAGAUAAUGUACCAGUAAUGUAGUAAUCAGUUGUACAAAAUGUUCUAGGGAUUUCAGACUAACACACACAUUUGUGCAUAAAAUGGGUAAAAUGAAUAUGUACAACUUGUGGACACGCACGACUUUGCGUGGAGUUAGUUUCUUUGAAUACUCUUUCCUUAUGUCCAAUCCAAAUGAAAAAAAGCCAAAAGGCAACCUUAAUUUGAUAUACUUCUCAUCAAAAAAAUCGAAACUGUCUGCCUGAACUUGCCGGACUCUUUCGAUUUUUUGAUGAAGAGUAUAUAUCUAUUGACCCGUUCAUGCAUGCUUCGCGCUUAGUUUAGGGGAAGCGAAUUAUUAUUGGUUUACAUAGUUUAAACAUAUUGCGAACAGUAUGUGGUGUGCUUAAAAAUAUUUUUGAAAUUCAUAUCAUGAAAUGAGUAUUAUAAUAAUGUAUGUAUGUGUCCACGUCACGAGUCGUAAACAGUUGAUGUUGGCUGAUCAGGCGAACUCAUUGCAGCCUUAUGUACUUUGACUCCAUUUGUUAAAUAUUUAUCGCAUCAACUCAUUUUGACUUACUAAUGCAUAUAGAAAUAUCAUAUUGAGUUACAUAUUGACUGCACAUGAAACUAUGGGUGUGGCCAGUUUACUAUUUUGGCCUAAUAGCACUUAUGCGUUACGAAGGUUUUUAUGACUUUAUUGCUAGCUUUAUAAUAAUAACAGAAGCGUGUAGAGAGUGUAGAUAUUAUAGAGGUAUUAAACACUAGUCUAACAGGAAAAUGUUGCCACGUCAAUGUUCUGCUUUGUAUUAUAUGUUAUUUAUUUUUAUAUUCCAUAAAGGUUGUAUAUUUUUCAUUUCUUUUUUUUUUAUUAUUGUGGUUAAAUAUGUGGCGUCACUCAGGCUAUCAGGGAACGGUGUGAAUUUUGGUGUGGUCAAUGCGUAUGAUGUAUAAAAACAUGCUAUUGUAAUUUUAUACCAGUAUUCCAUUUACAUCGGCUAAUGAAAGCUAGUGCAGUUUAUAACCACAUUUAAGCAUUUUAAAUCGUUUGUACAAAAUAGUAAAGUAAGUUUGUUGUCUUAUUUUAUUUCAAAAUAUUAUGUAGCUAUUAAAUGUGUGAAGUAUUUAAUUCGUGUAAUUAAAGUAUCAGUCUUUAACCAAGUUUUACCGUAAUAUAAUCACAAGUAGGGAAGAUAUAAACAAAACAACAUUUGUGUGGUUAUUGUUCGACAUAAAUUGAUGCACACUCAUUCUGAAAAAUGUGCAUUUGUGUACAAAAUCUUUGUUUCUGCAUCGACUUAUGUCGGAGAUACUACAAUAAAAUAUUGGUCGUUCAGACCUUUGUGCCUUAAUUUAAUUUUCGUUGCUCAAUUUGUUUACACCUGAUAGUCUGCAUCGUCAAAUAAAAAUAAAUCUCUCUUAAUAAUUUUAAACCAAAUGAUCUAAUGUAAAAAACUAUUGCUUGGCUAAAUUUUUUUAAUCAUAAAUGCAAAACAAAACUUAACGCUUUCAUAUAGUUAAUUAUGAUCAUUUUAGGAUGAAGUUAUUACUAAGCUUGGUGCCGUGACCGUUAAUAAUAUUGUUGUUAACUUUAUUACCAAAGAUGGAUUUAUAGAGUGAGGGUGAUUGGCGACCCUUCUUCUUCAUAGCUUAGUAAUGGAAACGUUUUGUAUCUUUUAUAAAAUGCAAACGAUUAGGGUGUUUUGUUAACAAAAAGAAAUUGUGAUUGAUCUUAGGCUUAGAUAGGUGAGAAAUAUAUGGUGUUGAGACACAAAAUUAACUGCCAAAUACAUUCAACAAAAUCAAUGCUGUGCGAGUUUCAGAAUUGUUUAACUAAUCAUUGUAGCCAUUUUACAUGUACCUAUUUUAUUAUUUUAAUACAAAAAUCUUAAUUUGGGAUUGUAUAAUGAUCAGGUUUACGACGUUUUAAAAUGUAAAUUUACGUUAUAAACGUAGUUCCCACUAUGCUUUGCACCAGUGGUCAUGUUCAGUAUCGAAUCCAAUCAAUUGUAAGGUCAGUUUAUAAAACAAUGCAUGCCUAUUCGCCUGGAGUACCUAUCAAAUUAUAACAGUUUGAUGUUAUUAUAAGAAUCAGUUGAUUUUUGUAUAAUGUUUCUAUGGCAAAUAAUAAUAUGUAACGAAUGACAUUUGACCUUAUAGAAUGCUCUUAAAAGGCGUUCAUGAAAUAUAAUAAAAUCAAGAAUAAAUUUUUGAAAAUUAA